GAAGUCGUUCUCACUUGUCGCUAUACGUGAUACGCGACGAAUAGCUAAAACGUUUCCCUCUCUUUCCUCCAACAUGUCCAGCUCUUCAGCCCCUCCGCAACCGGAGCCAUGCUUGCAAUAUGGUUAUGCCACCCGGGCAGAGUUUGAAGCAGCGAAAACACAAACAACUUCAACAUCCUCAGUCAGCCCAAGGGUGAUUUCGGUUGCCGUAACUGGUGUUGGUCUUGUCGGAAGUGAAUUCAUCAGCCAACUUCUCUCACUCGCAUCUCCUAACCCUUUCCGGAUCGUCGCCCUUUCGUCGUCCAAGCACACUCUGUUUUCCCCUCAAGGUCUGAAGAUCACCGCGGAGUCGUGGAAGGAUUUACUGACAAAGGCACCCGCGAAAUCGUCAGAGGAGCUUCAUCAAGAGCUAGCCAAGCUCGUGAAACCGUCGCAGGAUGUCGUUUUCGUCGACAAUACCUCGUCAGAGAACAUCGCAUCACUCUACCCACCUCUCUUGUCUUCCGGCAUACAUGUCAUCACACCCAACAAGAAGGCUUUCUCUGGUGACCUUGGGCUGUUUGAGCGCAUUUUGGCUGCAAGCGCAGAGAGUGGUGCGAAGUUCCUAAAUGAGUCCACAGUUGGUGCAGGCUUGCCUGUGAUCUCGACUCUGAAGGACUUGGUUGCGACUGGUGAUAAAGUGAGAAAGAUCGAGGGUGUCUUCUCGGGCACAAUGAGCUACAUCUUCAACAACUUCUCUUCAGGAGAACAGGGAGGACCUUCAUUCUCAUCUGUUGUACGCAUAGCACGAGAGAAAGGUUACACCGAACCGCAUCCUGCAGACGACCUGACUGGCUCGGACGUUGCCCGUAAACUUGCGAUCCUGGCUCGUUUCAUUCCUUCUCUCAAAGAGAAAGUUCCCCUUCCAGCGGGCUAUCAAUCAGUUCCUACGACUUCACUAAUUCCCUCAGGCCUUGCGUCCCUUACACUGUCGGCUGAUGACUUUGUCAGUCGUCUAGCUGAAUACGAUGUCGAGUUUGACCAGAAGCGCAGUGAUGCUCUCAAGGAGGGCGCCCUAUUGCGUUAUGUUGGUGUUGUCGAUGUCGAAGAAGGUAUUGUCAAAGCCGAUUUGCAAAAGUAUCCCAAAAACCAUCCUUUCGCAACCUCUCUUGGAGGCUCUGACAACAUCAUCAUGUUCCACACCGAACGAUACAGUCCUAGACCUCUUAUUAUUCAGGGAGCAGGUGCAGGAGCUGCCGUCACCGCAAUGGGUGUAAUGAGCGAUUUACUGAAGCUGCUCUAAACAAACUCAAACAUGGCAAUUAAAAAGAUUUCACCACACAGGACGACACGAUAUCCGAAUGUAUACACAUGUAUCCAUAGAAAUAGGCUACUUAUUGCUCAACUUUGUCCGAGCUAGGCCAACAUUUCUGUUUGUGUUUGUUGUGCAACAGUCUCCGUUGCAUUCCCGCCUUUGGAACGAACUCGGUGGCGUCUAAGUAGCAGUUCACUCAAGUUGCCUGAACGCCAUCUCGUGUGCGCAACCUUGGUUUGCAUAUUGAGAUCGUUUCUUUCUAGGCAAAACUACCACACUCAGGCAUCCCCGGAAUUCAUCACGAUUCAAGAUUGUCAGUUGAAUAUGUG